AUGGCACGCCCCAUGGGGUCGGUUCGUCUCAAGAAGACGAGCCCCGCAACUCUUGCCGUCGGCGUGGCGCUCUGCAUAUUCAUCAUAUACUUUUUAAUAGGGCCCUCUACCCCCAAUUUUUCCCCUUCUCGCAAAGCCGCCGCCGCGGCGCACCAUCUCUCGCCGCCGACCUCUCCCUUCCGCAAGCCGACUGGUGACAAGCAGAAGCAGAAGCCGCCGCCCGUCGCGCAUUACAACCUGAACAAUGUCACCACCACGCCCAACCCGCUCGAGAACCGCGAGAACAUCCUGAUCCUGACCCCCAUGGCCCGCUUCUACCCGGCCUACUGGGACAACAUCCUCCGGCUCGAGUACCCUCACGAACUGAUCACGCUCGGCUUCAUCCUUCCCAAGACGAAGGAAGGGAACGAGGCGACGCGGGAGCUGCAGAAGAGGAUCACCAAGACCCAGAAGCACGGGCCGGAGAAGGACCGCUUCAAGAGCAUCAUUAUCCUGCGGGAAGACAUCGACCCGCCGCUCGUCUCGCAGGACGAGAAGGAGCGCCACAAGUUGGAGAACCAGAAGGUCCGGCGCGCCGCCAUGGCCAAGGCCCGCAACUCUCUCCUCUACUCGACCCUCGGCCCCUCGACCUCGUGGAUCCUGUGGCUGGACGCCGACGUCGUCGAGACCCCUCCCACCAUCAUCCAGGACCUAGCCAGCCACGACCAGGCCGUCAUGGUGCCCAACUGCUUCCAGCGCUACUGGAACGAGGAGAAACAGAUGAUGGACGAGCGCCCCUACGACUUCAACAACUGGCAGGACAGCCCCACCGCGCUGGACAUGGCCAAGAAGAUGAACCCGGACGACAUCCUGCUCGAGGGCUAUUCCGAGAUGGCUACGUUCCGGACCCUGAUGGCCUACAUGAGCAGGGAGGACGGUCGCCUGCAUGAGGAGAUGCCCCUGGACGGCGUCGGCGGCGCCGCGCUCCUCGUCAAGGCCGAUGUCCACAGAGACGGCGCCAUGUUCCCUCCCUUUGCCUUUUACAACUUGAUCGAGACGGAGGGCUUCGCGAAGAUGUCCAAGAGGUUGGGUUGGCAGCCCGUCGGUCUGCCCAAUUACAAGGUGUAUCACUACAAUGAGUGA